GUGCAACGUCGCACAAUAACACGGAAAUAACGUUGCCACGCGCUGGGCUUUGGGUCUCGUUUCAGAAUCGUUUUAAUGUAUUCAGAAUUACAUAGUAGUUAAAAAAAAACUUUUUGGUAUUUAUUAUUUGCCCGUUGUCUACUAAAAUGAAACAUUCGUUCUCGUUUCGCCAGUCGGUUUGUCCCGGAUUGACGCGCAUUCAGUGUUCAUUAUCUGUAUAAUAAUACGGUCGCUUGUUCAUUAUCUGUAUAAUAAUACGGUCGCUUGUUUAUUAUCUGUAUAAUAAUACGGCCGUUUGUUUUGGAUUUGACUCGUUUAAUCUCCGCAAACAGCAAACGCGUCCUCGCCCAAGCGCGAGCCCGUCCCGUCCUCCAGCGAUGGAGUCUUACUCUACUGUUAAAGUCAUCGGUGAGGGAUCUUUUGGACGUGCUGUCUUAGUUCAAACUAAAAACAGCAAAGAGAAAUGGGUUAUGAAAGAAAUACGACUUCCACAGGCGCAGCGCAGGGAAGCCGCGCUGCUGGCAUCGAUGAAACACCCCAAUAUCGUCGCUUUCAAGGACUCGUUUGAAGAUAAUGGCCAUCUGUACAUCGUAAUGGAGUAUUGUAGUGGAGGUGACCUUCUCCAGAGGAUACGUCAGCAGAAGGGCACUCUGUUCUCUGAGAAUGUGAUCCUCAGGUGGUUUGCUCAGAUGUGUCUGGGUGCACAGCACAUUCACGAUAAACGGGUGCUUCAUCGGGACUUAAAAUCAAAGAACAUAUUUUUGACGACGCAUGGGACUGUCAAGCUGGGAGAUUUUGGGUCAGCGUGCAUUCUAAAGAGUGGAGAGGGUUAUGCACACAGUUACGUUGGCACUCCUUACUACGUGUCUCCGGAGAUCUGGGACAGCCAGCCUUACAACAACAAGAGUGAUGUUUGGUCCCUGGGUUGUGUCCUCUACGAACUCUGCACCUUACGGCAUCCGUUCCAGGCCAACAGCUGGAAGAGUCUUAUUCUGCGUGUGUGUCGUGGAGCGUACACCCCCAUACCCAGCCACUUUCCUUACGAGCUUCACUACCUGAUUAAACACAUGUUCAAGACCAACCCCAGAGACAGACCUUCCAUCCACACCAUCCUCAACUCCCACCGUGCAUCCAGACUUCUGUGCAAACACCUGCAUGUAGAGAGCAGAGAACUGGUGCAGGAGCCUGUAAGUCAGUGGAGGACAGAGGAUGCAGAACAAGGGACUAAGCAUCUGGGCCAGAAGAGCUUAAUAGCCACGUCCACAUGUGAAGAGAGCCAGAGCAUCAGUGGCAAUCCCAGAAAGAAGUGGGAGAAAGGACCCUCCAACACUGUCCUGGAGGCCCUCGGAAAUGCUGAGAUCAUCUCUUCUGUUACCAUGGAAACCGCAGGGGGCUCUGACUCCAGAUCAGAGGAGGGACAUGGGGUGACACAGGGGAAGAGAGACAGGAAGCGGUGGGAGCGAGACCCACCGGAGAGACUCUGGAGUCUCCUGGAGAAAGUCCAUCUCAGCAUGGCCUUUAAAACUUACACCAUCGACAGAGCCGACGCUGGUCCUCUGCUUGGACCCUUGGUCACGGACCAGCCGGACGUUCCUGACUGCCCGGCGGAGAUCCGGACCGAUUGCAGCCGGCUGGAACCCCGCUCGGACGACGAGGACACGGACUUUGAGGAGGACUGCCCUGCCGACUGGAUAGCGGAGCUGGAGAGAAUGGUGACGUAGCAGUAGGAACACCUGCAACUCUACAGAGAUACCUUACUUAUAUGAAUGUUUACAACAUAAAUAACAAAGUUAUGCAUUCAUUUUAAUUGUUGGCAAUAUGUCCCCAAUAAAAUACACUGUGUUGGUGUAA